AUCCGAGGCUCUUUCUGCCUCUAUUGUGUCGGAGUGCUCGGCGGAGCUCUGCCGAAAUAUCGGUGGACUUCGAAGACUUCACCGACAGGAUGUCUGGACAUGGGAGGAUGAGUAUGGUGUUAUGUUUUUUUUCUCUGUUUUUGUUUUCAUGCUUCCUAUGUCCGGAUCUUGUAGGCUCUCAGCCUCUAUUCUGUCGGAGCGGAGCUCUGACGAAAUCUCGGUGGACUGGGGAGAUUUCACCGACAGGAUGUCCGGAUACGGGAAGAUGAACUUUACGGUGUUAUGUUUAUUUGGGAGGAUGGUCUGCAGCAUUUUUACGGGGAUAUCAUGGCUUGUUUGCGUUUGCGUUGAUCUUGUUAGGUUACAUAUGCUGUUAUGUCACUGAAAUGUGACUUGGGGGAUUGUCUGCUUGACAUAUGCUUUUUUCUUUUUUCUUUCUG